AUGCCCACUCCACCCAACCGCUCGUCGCAAGACCGUCCAAAUCAACAAGGAGGCACCCCAAUGGAAUCGGAUCCCAGCCGCCGCAACAAGCGCCCCGCUUCGCCCAUCCGAGCGGCCGACGUGGACAACAAGAAGAAGAAAUCAGAACAACCAUGCAACGAGUCCACAGCAGACAAGAGAGUCGCGGCCUUUACCACCCCGGAGCAUCACUCCGCUCUCCGCCAGCCGCCGGGGCCCAUCACCUUCGAAGUGCUUCCCAAAGGGGCUUUCGACAAUCUUUUUGAGGGCGGAGGAAUGGUCGAAAGCACUGCGAAGCUGCCCCCAGAGAUAUCCAGGUCGCUUGCCGAGUACUGCAGCUAUCUAGAGCGGUUUGAGGGGGUUGCCAAGGCACAGGCUGCCCAGAUCAAAGACGGCCAAUGA